GCGCGAGUCGGUCCCGGGCUGAGCUCGGGGCGCUGCGGGGUCCGAGGCUGCGGGGACGGGCGGGGAUGCGGCCCGCGGGCGGGGAGGGGCGCUGCGGCCCCAGAGGGAAGGACAAAGACGCCUUCGAUGCCGUGUAUCAGCUCGGGCGGCUCCUGGGCAAGGGCGGCUUCGGGACGGUCUACGCUGGUCACCGCCUGGCUGAUGGACUGCAGGUUGCCAUCAAACACAUUGUGAAGACCAAAGUCGCGCACUGGUCCAAGCUGCCCAGCGGCCUCCGAGUGCCGCAGGAGGUGAUGCUGAUGAAGCGGGUGUGUGCCAGGGGUGGGCACCGGGGCGUGAUCCGCCUGCUGGACUGGUACGAGACCCCCGAGGGGUUUCUCCUGGUGCUGGAGCGGCCUGAGCCCUGCCAGGAUCUCUUCGACUACGUGACGGAGCGGGGGCCCCUGGCCGAGGGGCAGUGCCGGCGCUUCUUCCGCCAGGUGCUGGAGGCCGUGGGUCACUGCCACGCCCGGGGGGUGGCACAUCGGGACAUCAAGGACGAGAACAUCCUGGUGGAGCUGCGCACCGGCCACCUCCAGCUCAUCGACUUCGGCUCCGGCGCCCUCCUGCGGGACACGGUCUACACGGAGUUCGAUGGCACCCGUGUGUACAGCCCCCCGGAGUGGGUGGGGCUGCAGCAAUACCACGUGCUGCCGGCCACCGUGUGGUCCCUGGGGGUCCUGCUCUACGACAUGGCCUGCGGCGACGUCCCCUUCCAGCGCGACGAGGAGAUCCUGGCCGCGCAGCUCCACUUCCCGGAGCCCCUGUCUGAGGGCUGCCAGGAUGUGAUCCGAUGGUGCCUGUCCCCAGAGCCCUCAGAGCGACCCACGCUGGAGCAGCUUCUCCAACACCCCUGGCUGCAGCCUGAUCCCCAGUUCCAACCGGAGGAGGAGCCACAGAACCCAGCGCCCCCUAGGGGCACCGCUGGCAACAGCAGCUGCUGAAAGACUUGGAUUUACCCUGCAUCUCCCUGCCGGGAUGGGGACCCACCCCCAUGGGGACCACUUCAGCCUCAGGCAGCUGGGCCUGUGGCCAGCUGAGAUCAGAGUUGACCUGGUUUUACAGGUGUCUAGAACCCAGGAGUUCCCAGCCUCCCCACCCCCCUUUCUAACCACUAGACCCAACUCCCCUCCCAGAACUGGGGAAAGAACCCAGGAGUCCUUGUUCCCAGUCCCUCCCCCCUAGAGGUUUGGAUUCUGGUCCCUCUCAAGGAUCAGCCGUGUCUCUGUAUGUGUAAAUACUUGUGUAUUGCCGUGAGCUGGGCUCCCCUCAGUACCAGCCCAUGAGGUGGUUAGGAGGUGUGGGGGGCUCUAGCCCCCCCAUUUCCAGCCCCUCCCAUGCUCCCCAAGGUGUGGCUUGCUGGGCUGAGACUGAGGUGUCUUAUCUAAGCUGCUGAACGGGCCCCGAUGCAGGGGACCCCGGUGCCAGCAUGAGAUUCAGACCAAUUCUGUACAGGAUUGAGGGGAAGAAAAAUCUAUUUAAAUAAAAGAGGUUUUAUCUUUAUCCAGGAAAUCCUGGUAGAGUCAGUGAUUCCUCUCACUAGGGGGAGGUGGGAACCCAGGAGUUCUGGCUCCCAGCCCUGCCCCAGCUCUAACCCCCCAGUCCCCUCUCAGAGCUGGGGAGAGAACCCAGGUGUCCUGGCUCCCAGGCCCUCACCCACAGUAAAGGUGUAGCUCCAGCCAGCACUCCUGGAUCCAGCAGUGACUCUCACUUACCAGGUGUCACCUACGUCAGCCCUACAUUGACCUGUCUUCCCCUGCGCACACCAGCUGUGCCAACACCUGCCAGCGUU